CCGAAGAAGGCUAUAUUAUUUCGUCCUCCAUGUCCUACUUGCCCCGCGCCAGCAUGUUUGCUCUGAGCUCGCUGUUCCGUACUGCCCACUUCAGAUAUGCGGCGGCUGCUGCUCAGUUUCAUGCAUCUUCAAACUUCAGUAGCGCAAAAGUCGCUGUUGUGUUGUCUGGAUGUGGUGUUUAUGAUGGCACUGAAAUCCACGAGGCAUCAGCAAUCCUUGUGCAUCUAAGUCGGGGAGGUGCAGAGGUUCAGAUGUUUGCCCCCGAUGUGUCUCAGAUGCAUGUGAUUGACCACGGCAAAGGUCAGCCAGUGGAGACAGAGUCAAGGAACGUCUUAUCAGAAUCAGCGCGUAUCGCAAGGGGCAACAUCAUUGACCUGGCAAAACUGAGUGCCAGUAAUCAUGAUGCGGUCAUCUUCCCUGGUGGUUUCGGUGCAGCUAAAAACCUGUCAACAUUUGCUAUUGAUGGGAAGGACUGUAAAGUGAAUGAGGAAGUGGAGCGGGUUUUAAAGGACUUCCAUAAAGCAGGAAAGCCAAUUGGGUUGUGCUGUAUAUCUCCAGUGCUGGCAGCGAGAGUUCUUCCUGGUGUGGAUGUGACGGUGGGUCAUGAGGAGGAGGAAGGUGGGAAGUGGCCAUAUGCUAGUACUACACAAGCCAUCACUGCACUGGGAGCCAAACAUACUGUUAAAGAAGUCACCGAAGCUCAUGUGGACCAGAAGAAUAAGGUGGUGACCACACCUGCAUUCAUGUGUGAAACAAAGUUGCACUUGAUUUUUGAUGGGAUUGGUGCUAUGGUGAGGGACGUCCUAAAGCUCAGCGGGAAGUAAAAGUUCAACCAGUAUAUCAGUAUCUUCAUCAUUAUCACUCAUAUAGGAUCUGUAUCAGACUGCAUAAAUGAAAAAGAGAAGGCUAUUUAUUGCUGGGAUUUUAGUGAUUUGCAAAACAAGACUGUGAAAGACUUGACAGACAUUACUAAUCAAACAUGUAUCUGCCUGACAGUGUUAAAUGGUAUUUUGGUAAAUAUCCAGCAGAGGGCACUCUCUGUUUUGGAGAAAAGUACAUGUGAACUAAAUGUAGCUCUGUGAUUUCUUAAUUUUGAAAACUUUUAUAUGUAACUUGCCAUGUAAAGGAAAGAGUAUCAUGUUAGUGUAUCAACUUAAUAUAAUGCACCAAUAAAUGCUGAACAUGCCUGUGCUCUUUAAAUAUAUUAGACACCGUGUGUUCAAAAAUGAAGUUUGAAGUUUUUGAAAUUGAAAAUAAAAUAAUUAAAAAAUAUAUAUAUAAAAUGACAGUGUAUAGUCAUUUAGUCAGCACUUAAUGUAAAGCAGUAAUGUCUGAAAAUCAAGUUAUUUCAAACUCAAAAUAUUUUCUUUAAUAAUUGACAAAGUCAACUGUAUGACGGGUUGUGUGCCAUUCAGAAUUAAAUUGCGAAUGCUUUUUAUAUUACACUUCAAUUCUGAUUGUGAUUUGAGUUAACAAACACGAUGCAGAAUUGCAUUUCAAAUGUGAAUCUACACUACUAUUCACAAGUUUGGGAUCGGUAAGGUUUUUUUAAUGUUUUUGAACAUUUCUUGUUCGUUGAUUUUUGGUGCUUAAAUGAGUAGUUCACUUUUU